AGUUGAUUUUUUCUCUAUCAAUAAGGCUCCGGCGAAUCGAAUAGGUUGUACGAAGGAUUAAGGAGUUCAAGGAAAUUAUCUCACCUACCUAGUUAUACGAUUCUAUUAGAGCGACCGUGAAAGAUAUUUGAUCUUUAUCGAUAUACCUCUCACACACAUUCAUUGGCAAAUAUAUCUCAGUCAAGAUGUCUAGCCAACCCCUUCUCCAAACUGCGCCUGGUUAGUUUCUCUCUCAUCUCCUCAUAACACCCUCACAAAAUAGCACAACAAUCUUCAUACUCAUCCCCAAGCACCUUUGAUUCUCACCCCCAACAUCCCACGCACGCAACCUCCCUCCCUCCAUCCACCACCCUCAAUCCAGCCCCCUCAAACCCCCAUCUCCAUCCCUCACCCCAACUAACCUCCCCGCUCACAGGAAAACGCAUCGCACUCCCCACGCGCGUAGAACCCAAAGUAUUCUUCGCGAACGAACGCACCUUUCUCUCCUGGCUAAACUUCACCGUGAUCCUCGGCGCUCUCGCCAUCGGAAUGCUCAACUUUGGCGAUCGUCCUGCCUUCAUCUCCGCAUCUAUUUUCACCGUCAUCUCCAUGUUGACCAUGGCAUACGCAUUAUAUACGUAUCACUGGCGCGCGAAGAGUAUUAGGUUGAGGGGACAGGGAGGAUUUGAUGAUCGCGUUGGUCCGACGGUUUUGGCGUUGGUUUUGUUGGUGGCCGUUGUGGUGAAUUUUAUUUUGAGGAUUGUUUAUGGGAAGGAUAGAGAGUAGGGGGUUGUUAUGGGGUUGAAAUUUGAGGGGGAUGGAUGGAGGGAGGUGAUGUAGGAAGAGGUGGGAGGGGGAUGGAUGGAGGGAG